AGAGCGUAUACGCAUGCGCACUGGGGCGGGCCGGCCAAGGCUGCCUCUGCUAGAGCCCUCCGUGGACCCGGCUGCAAUGGCCAGCGCCGUCUGGCUCUGGGGCGUGCUGGGGGUGCUCCUUGUCUCUGCGCUGCCCGAGGCCCUCGGAGAUCGCCCCAGCCCAGACCUCCGGGCAUACCCAGGGGACCCCGCCCAGGUCGGUCCAGGGGCCCCCGAGCCCCGGCGGCGGCCACCGCGCCCGGACCAACGCGAGCGAGCCCGGGUCGGGGCGCUGCCCUUGGGAGCGCUGUACACCGCGGCGGCCGUGGCUUUUGUGCUGUACAAGUGUUUGCAGCAGGGCAAGGAUGAGGCUGCUAUUUUAGAAGAAGAGGCGGGCAGGAAGGAAUCGAUCCAGUCAGAGCAACAGCUGGCCCAGCUGGCCCAACAGCUGGCCCAGACAGAGCAGCACCUGAACAGUCUGAUGGCCCAGCUGGACCCCCUUUUUGACCGUGUGACGACCCUGGCUGGAGCCCAGCAGGAACUUCUGAACAUGAAGUUACAGACCAUUCAUGGGUUAAUGCAGGACAGCCAGCCAAACGAGGGCGUGGAGGUUACAGAACCAGAGACCAGCAUCCCCUUCCUGGAGAACUUAUGUAUAGAAAAAGACGAGGAGGCUGUGGACCGGCAGACCUGGGAGCAGCCCCUAAGCGCCUGGGGCAGAGAGACAAAGGACCUACCUACUGCCUGGGAGGUGGGGCAGGGGCUCCGAAAAAGAUGCAGAAAGGCUGCUGUGCAGGACCCCAGUCAUAAGCCCUGCCGGGGAGGAGGGACAUUCACUGAAGGUUUAGUAAAACAAAGUCUGUUCUUGUGACUAGA